AUGCUAGUCCUCGACAGAGCACACUUUCAAAAGCAAGUCACACUAGCAGCUGCCAAAGUGACGCCACAGCAGAUUCCUCACCUUCGCAAAGCCUGUGCGCAAGACUUGCUCAAGCAGCCGAGAAUCCGUGUCAUUUACAACUCUGCUGGAGACAAGCUCAUUGCAUUGCGGCCAGAAGUCAAAGUGGAAGACACAUCCGCAUUGCAUGCUUCAUCUCGAGCCUUCAUUGAGCUGCAUGCUAUUCCUCUCGUGCGGCAUACAAUCAAUUUGGAUUACAAAUACUGGAAUGCCGAUGAAAUACUCGGAUGCAUCUUGCCUGAAGAGCUACUGAAGGACACACCUUCUGGCUUCACCAUGGUAGGCCAUAUCGCGCACAUGAAUCUCAGAGAUGCCUACCUACCCUACAAGCACAUAAUUGGCCAGCUUGUUUUGGACAAGAACUCUGCAGCACGGACUGUCGUCAACAAGCUCGAUACCAUCGACUCGCAAUAUCGCAACUUCGAGAUGGAAGUCUUGGCAGGCGACAAGGAUCUUAUUGCAACGCAGCACGAAAGCGGCUGUGUCUUCAAAUUUGACUUUUCAAAGGUCUACUGGAAUUCGCGGCUUCACACUGAGCAUGCUAGAUUGGUCGAUAUGUUCAAGCCGGGUGAAGCCGUGUGCGAUGUCAUGGCAGGUGUUGGGCCUUUUGCCAUUCCUGCUGGAAAGAAGCGAGUCUUGUGCUAUGCAAAUGAUCUGAAUCCCGCUUCUUAUGCGUCACUGGUUGAGAAUAUUGAGCUCAACAAGGUAGAUGACUUUGUCGUGGCGAGCAACAUGGACGGGCGGGCAUACGUCAAAGAGGCCAGCAAAGCUCUGGCGAAGAGACAUGAAGCAGGGGAGACCAUUUCCAUGACAACCAAGCCUUCUAGGAAACGCGUCAAACUUACAGCGUCCGCUGAACCAGAGGCACUGGUGGUGCCCAGGUAUUUCUUCCACUUUGUCAUGAACCUGCCAGCCACGGCUAUCGAGUUUUUGGAUGCCUUCAGGGGACUGUACAACGGUCAUUCGACGGAUAUGGUACUGCCAACGAUUCAUGUUCACUGUUUUACCAAGUAUGAGGGCGCAGAGGGGCGUGCUGACAUGACAAAGCGCAUCUCAGAUGCCUUGGGUCAGUCUGUAUCUGAAGAAGUCAUCUCUUUUCAUGAGGUCAGACGCGUCGCACCUAACAAGGACAUGUAUUGCUGCUCUUUCCAACUCCCAGCCUCUGUAGCGUUCAGCAACUGA